UUACUGAGGUGCAACAGCUUUGAUCAAUAGCAAAAUGACAAGAAAUCGUGGUACGGAGCUGCCAGAGGACUUCUGGAUACCCAUCCCUCUGGACACCAACAACAUCACAUCACUCAGCCCUUUCCUGAUUCCUCAGGAUCACUUGGGGGGCUCGGGGACCUUCUACGCCAUGGCAGCAUUCAUGCUUUUUAUCUUUGUUUUUGGCACUGGAAUCAACGCCCUCACCAUUGCAUGUACCAUCAAAUACAAGAAGCUCCGUUCCCACCUCAACUACAUCCUGGUGAACUUGGCCAUAGCCAACCUUCUUGUGUCCAUGGUGGGCUCCUCCACCGCCUGCUUCUCCUUUGCAGCCAGAUAUUUCAUACUUGGAUCUCUAGCAUGCAAGAUUGAAGGCUUUACGGCAACACUCGGCGGAAUGGUAAGCCUCUGGUCUCUGGCUGUCAUAGCUUUUGAAAGGUGGCUGGUCAUCUGCAAACCACUCGGUAACUUUAUUUUCAAACCUGAUCACGCUUUAGCUUGCUGUGCAUUCACCUGGGUGUUUGCACUGAUUGCCUCAACUCCUCCGCUUUUCGGAUGGAGCAGAUAUAUCCCUGAAGGUCUGCAGUGCUCCUGUGGACCAGACUGGUACACCACAAACAACAAAUACAACAACGAAUCCUAUGUGAUGUUCCUUUUUGGCUUCUGCUUUGCUGUUCCCUUCACCAGCAUUAUCUUCUGCUAUGCUCAGCUGCUCAUUACAUUGAAAAUGGCAGCGAAGGCUCAAGCUGACUCUGCCUCCACCCAGAAGGCAGAGAAGGAGGUGACCAGAAUGGUGAUCAUCAUGGUGAUGGGUUUCCUGGUGUGCUGGGUGCCAUAUGCCUCCUUUGCUCUUUGGAUUGUGAACAAUCGUGGGACAACAUUCGACCUGAGACUGGCGACCAUACCCUCCUGCUUCUCGAAGGCUUCUACAGUCUACAACCCUGUUAUUUAUGUCAUCUUCAAUAAACAGUUCCGCUCAUGCAUUUUAUCGAUGCUGGGUAUGAGUGGAGGUGAGGAGGAAACUUCAACAACGCAAUCAAUGACUGAAGUCUCCAAAGUUGGACCUGCUUAGACUGCACAUUGAGACUUUCCGAUUUCCUUGUCAACUGUAAAAAACAAUGUGUGUUUUGUCAAAUGAAAAAAAAGUAUACAGUGCUGCAGUUCAAGUAAAAGGCAUGCAUAAUCUGUAAAGUAAA